ACUGUCCGCUUGGUACCUACGGAGCCACCUGCCAGUUCAACUGCUCCAAGCACUGUGCAGAGCCGUGUCGCUUCCCGAGUGGAGCUUGUCGGUGCAAAGAUGGCCGGACAGGACUGCACUGUAGAGAAUGCCCGGGUAGAAAGUAUGGAGACGCAUGUAAUGUGAGUUGCUCCCACUAUUGUAUCAACAAAUGUGAUUCGGUCGACGGAAGUUGUAGGUGCAUGUACAACAGGACCGGUCAGAACUGCACAGACUGUCCAGUAGGACGAUAUGGAGACAACUGCUCCGGCCUGUGUCCUGUCAACUGUAGAGGCAGCGGGUGUAACAUUUCUGGCUUCUGUUACGAGUGCGAAGAUGGCUUUUUCGGAGAGCAAUGCGACAAGAACUGCUCGUCGACAUGUGCCAACAGCCAGUGUGACAUGAUCACGGGGAAGUGUUUCUCCUGCUUAGGAAAUCUCACAGGGGACUUUUGUACAACCUGUCCCCUGACCUAUUCUGGAGAGUUGUGUUUCAAGCGGUGUUCGCAAUUCUGUCGGGACAGAAAUUGUCAUAUGUUGACACAGAAAUGCUUUGGGUGCAUUGAAGGCUACAUAGGAGAUUUUUGCCUAAAAGAAGACGAACGGACUUUACCAUACUUUGCCAUUCUACUAUUGCUGCUUCCUUUAUUUCUAAUUUUAUGUUGCUGCUGUUUUAUUGGGGGUAAAGUAACUAUUCGAAAAGAAGCAGCAGAAGAGGAGGAGAACGAGGAUGAUGAUGAUGAUGAUGAUGAUGAUAAUGAUGACACUGGGGAUGGAGACUCAAAAUAA